CCAACAUGAGGGAGAUCGUGCACCUGCAGGCAGGCCAAUGCGGCAACCAGAUUGGAGCCAAGUUUUGGGAGGUGAUCAGCGAUGAACAUGGCAUCGACCCCACAGGCGCCUACCAUGGGGACAGUGACCUGCAGCUGGAGAGGAUCAACGUAUACUACAAUGAGGCCACAGGAGGAAAUUACGUUCCCAGGGCUGUGUUGGUGGACCUGGAGCCAGGCACCAUGGACUCUGUUCGCUCCGGCCCCUUUGGCCAGAUCUUCCGACCUGACAACUUUGUUUUCGGCCAGUCUGGAGCAGGUAACAACUGGGCCAAAGGCCACUACACAGAGGGCGCGGAGCUGGUGGAUGCGGUCCUGGAUGUGGUCCGCAAGGAAGCCGAGAGCUGUGACUGUCUGCAGGGCUUCCAGCUGACUCAUUCGCUGGGCGGGGGCACGGGCUCGGGCAUGGGCACCCUGCUCAUUAGCAAGAUCCGUGAGGAGUUCCCGGACCGCAUCAUGAACACCUUCAGCGUGGUGCCCUCACCCAAGGUGUCCGACACAGUGGUGGAGCCCUACAACGCCACCCUCUCCGUGCACCAGCUGGUGGAGAACACAGAUGAGACCUACUGCAUUGACAAUGAAGCCCUCUACGACAUCUGCUUCCGCACCCUCAAGCUGACCACACCCACCUACGGGGACCUCAACCACCUGGUGUCGGCCACCAUGAGCGGGGUCACCACCUGUCUGCGCUUCCCUGGCCAGCUCAACGCCGACCUGCGCAAGCUGGCCGUCAACAUGGUCCCCUUCCCGCGUCUCCACUUCUUCAUGCCUGGCUUCGCCCCGCUGACCAGUCGGGGCAGCCAGCAGUACCGGGCCCUGACCGUGCCCGAGCUCACACAGCAGAUGUUCGAUGCCAAGAACAUGAUGGCAGCCUGUGACCCGCGCCACGGCCGCUACCUGACCGUGGCCGCCGUCUUCCGAGGCCGCAUGUCCAUGAAGGAGGUGGACGAGCAGAUGCUCAGCGUGCAGAAUAAGAACAGCAGCUACUUCGUGGAGUGGAUCCCCAACAACGUGAAGACGGCUGUGUGUGACAUCCCGCCCCGCGGCCUCAAGAUGGCAGCCACCUUCAUCGGCAACAGCACGGCCAUCCAGGAGCUGUUCAAACGCAUCUCGGAGCAGUUCACCGCCAUGUUCCGGCGCAAGGCCUUCCUGCACUGGUACACGGGCGAAGGCAUGGAUGAGAUGGAGUUCACCGAGGCCGAGAGCAACAUGAAUGACCUGGUGUCCGAGUACCAGCAGUACCAGGACGCCACGGCCGAGGAGGGCGAGUUCGAUGAGGAGGCUGAGGAAGAGGAGGUGGCCUAGA